AUGUUUCCCUUUCGAAGCCGAGGGGCCCGGCUUCUUUCGCCUAGUGUACAGUCCCUAUUACGAAAAGCCGUUUCGCCCAUAGCCCCAGUCCGUACCGCGCGCAGCCGCCUCUACUCGUCGUUGCAGAACCAUCCACGCUCGGACGAGGUCGAAAAAUCCGAGGCGCUCUCUGAAAGUGCUUCGAACCUUGAACCUGGUGAAAAUGGCAAGAAACCCGCGAUACCCCUUCCCAGAGGCGACGAGAGACAGCUCCACGAGGUGAUGCAAUCCAUCAGAGAAUGGUGUGUUGAGAUGGGAUACAACCCUACCGAUUUGAGGCAGUAUUCCAAUGUCCAAGACGCCAUCGAUGCUAAAAUAGCUUUGGGUCCUUACUUCCAACGUUUCCUCCAUUGUUUACGGGAUUGCCCUAUUGAUCGGGAUUUGGCAUUGCAGGUCUUGCGGAACAAGAUAGGAAAGCCAAACAAUCAGUCCGGGAAGGAGAUUGAAAUACAACUCAACAAAACUUUGACAGACAAGCUCAUAAGAAACCUAUUACGCCGUAUAGCAAGAGAUGGUUUGGUCACUCCAACUGAGGUGAUGCAACUGCGGGAGGAGCUGAACAUAGCGCCCGGCGCACACGGCAUAGCUGGCAUUGGAGGAAAACUGAUGCCUGAUAUAGUACACGGCGAGCUCAGACAAGCCUGGGAGUGGUUGCUGCUGAAGCUAGCGGCGAAUUCGAAGAAUAAGGAGUGGCCAAAGGCUGGAACCUCGCCCGAUAUAUGUCGACACGGGCCUUCUCCGGAUGCUUCCAACGACGAAGUGCAGCGCUUAACAAAGGCGCUUGGCGUUCUCAAAGGCGCUAUGGGCGCAGACAAAGAUGUUGCCACGGCGGCAGCAACCGCCAAUUCCAAGAACAGUGCGGUGGUUAUGGACUCGAGUAAGGCGGCGACGCCUAACCAGCCCUUGACAAAGCCAACGGAGGACGGUGGGAGCAUCACCAAGAAGGCGCCUGUAAGCCCGCUCCAGCCAUCGAAAACCCUUACUAGGUCGGAAGCUGCGGCGUUUAAAGACCUACAAGGCACCGGGGGCAAGGAUGGGCAUUCUGACACACCAAGACAGCGGACCGUGGUAAACAAGAAAAAAGGAAAGUCCUACAGUAUACACUAUGUCAAAGCCAACGACUUGGUGCUUAAACCAAUAAAAAAGCCACAGCCGCCGGUACCAGGGGUGGAGUAUGGGUUGGACCGAGUGCUCUUCAACCCGGGAGUCUAUCACUUGCAGUGCCCGAGGACGAAGGUAUAUAAUUUUGACCCUUACCUGGCUAAGAUCAUGCCUAUUGAGGAGUUUGACUUCAGUGCCCUCAAGCGGUACGUGACCUCGUCCAAGGAUCAGACACUUAUCCAGAUGGCUUCGAGUCUCGGCAAGAAAUACACGGGAUCUACGUCGAGCAUGACGGCGUCCCUAGCCCACUUUCAUUACCUCAUCUCGGGCUGGCGGCCCAUCACCACCAAGAGCCUCACCAGAGAGACGCCGGUUGAAUCCAAUAACUUCACCCGGAUAAUGCGCGGCCCCGCGGCAGCGUUUCUACAUUACAAGGAUGGCGCCUAUGCUAUCGACGCGGAUAAAGAGUUCGACAAGAGUACUAUACUGAGCUUGCUCGGCAAGUCUAUGGAGAAACUGCUUACCCUACCCAAGGAGGAGUUUGAAAAAUAUCAUCGGGACAGGUCACACCUACUUAGCGAGUCCGCGCGUGAAGAUCCCGAGGCUUACCACUACACCACGCUGGGUGAUUUCUUGAUGCGGUCGCAACUUGACGCGCACAAUCCCAGGCUGCCGGGGACCGGGAUGUACGACCUCAAGACAAGGGCGGUGCUCUCGAUUCGCAUGGAUGCGACAAACAUCAAGACCGGCCUCGGGUACGAAAUUCGCCGGCGCUUCGGCGAGUUCGAGUCAUUCGAGCGCGAAUACCUCGACAUGAUCCGAUCAGCCUUCCUCAAAUACUCGAUGCAGGUGCGCAUGGGUCGCAUGGAUGGCAUCUUUGUCGCCUACCACAACACGCAGCGCAUCUUUGGCUUUCAGUACAUACCCCUCGAGGAGAUGGACUACACGAUCCACGGCACGACGGAUCGCAAGCUCGGCGACGACGAAUUCAAGCUCAGCGUGACGCUGUUGAACAAGGUCCUGGACAAGGCCACGGCGCGAUUCCCUGGCAAGUCUUUGCGUCUACACUUUGAGACGCGGCAGAGCGAAACCCCUUUCAUGUACAUCUUUGCCAAGCCCGUGUCCAAGGCGGAAAUCGACGAGGUUCAGGAAGCGAACAGAAUUGCCGUCGAGAAGUUUGAGAAGGAGAUGUUGGGCUUGGACCCGGUACCGGAGCCAGCGUCGGAAGAUGAGGACAGAGUCGCCCAGGACUUGGACCUUGUCAACGAGGAUGAGGAGGACGUCUCCUCUCUGGAGAGUCCCGCGGAGAUGGGCCAGGAGAUGUGGGCCGACAUGAUGGACCGCGUCGAAGAUGCCAUGGAGGACGACGCGCGAGGGAUCGCAACAGUCAGGGAGGCCAUCGAGCGUGCUCUGGAGGAGAGUGGGCUGUUGGCCAACCUCUCUCCCGAAAAUUCCAAGGUGCAGGUCGACGCGCUGUUGUCUGCAAUCACAAAUCCUGACCUCAGAGCUGCAGCGGAGAGUAUCCAGACUGUUGCCACCAUGGAGGAAGGCGUCAUCAGUCCAGAUGCCAGUGGGAUUGAGAGUGAGCCUGGCAUUCUUCCCGACAGCAAGAACACGGCUAUUAACUCCGCCGCAGUCAAGGAAACGGCUGGGUUUUCACUCAAAGACAUGGUCCUCGGACUGGCUGCUCGGGCGCAGACCUCAACCACCGCCGCGGAUCUUUCCGAACGGGAUUUAGAUAACUACGUGACACCGCGCGAAACUUUGCGGAUCAGGAAGUUCGAGAGGAUCCUGUCUGAAAUGCUUUCUGGCUCCCAGGAAGCAAGCGGCGAUAAUGACGCGCCCACCGAUAUCGAGGCUAAGAUGAAGCAGGCUGACAGUAUCAGCAACGCGAAGUCUUCACAGAGCAGCAAUGCGGACAGUGACGACAAGGACGGCGGAGAACUGCUCGGGAUGGUGCUGACGGCGCGUAACAUGUUGGGCAGUCAAAUGGUUGAGCGGGUAAAUGGCAGUCCGAGAAACUGGAGUCUCGCUUACUCUAUCGAGGAGAUGGAUAAGAAGAAUGCGGAAAAGAUAUAUCAGCAAGUGAAGGACCGACGCCGCGAGACGUUCGAGCCCACGCCGCCCUCGGAGGAUGAGCCGAACAUCCGCCAAAGGGAGUUUCUCGAGAAGCUGCGAAAAAUCUCGCAAAGCGGCAUGAGGUACCGGAAGGAGCAGAAUAAGCUGGACAGGAAGAAGCCUGUCUACGUCUUGGGCCAGAAGGAGGGCCUCGACUACCGUGAGGUCUUCGGCGAAACGCCCAGUGGCCAAGACAAGGACGGUGUUUACGGCGCGGGUGAGAAGACCGAGGAGGUUGAGCGAGAAGCAGAGGAGGACGAUAGCCGUGGCUUUGUGGAUCGGCCUUGA